CACUGGGUGUGGGGCCUCUGUGGUGGUCCUGAUGUGCCCCAUGCCGCAUUGUCUGUAUCUACAGUCAACACAGAGAGCCGCGGCGUGGGGAUCAAGCAGAGUCAGCUCUCUGUGAGCUCCCACAUUGUACAAGAGGAUGAAUUAUUAAAAGCUGUGCGAAAUAGCGAAUCGUUGCGCCUGACCUUCACUCUUCAUUUAACGGAAAGCACAUCUGUCGAGUGGGAAACGGUAGUAUGGCGACGAUGUCUAUACAUUCGCGUACCAAGUUGUCUUUUACCCGAAGGAUCGAAAGAAGGUUUCGUUUCGCUUCUGGAAUACGCCGAAGAAACGCUACGAUGUACCAAUAUUAUUGUUUGUCUGCGUAAGGAUAGAACAGAUCGAGCAAUGCUGGUUCGUACCUUCAUGUUUUUGGGUUUCGCUGCUCUACCGCCGACUCACGUCCUGGUUCCACCAGGCAGUGAUGCUGGCAAUCUCUACAUGCUCUAUGCCAUCGAGUAAUCGACCAACAGCUUGGCUUCUCUCUCAAAUUUAACGCACAGGAACGAAUGUCGAACGAACUUCUUGUAUACUUUAGGAAGGAUAUAAUGCAGCAAGCUUUCUCGUUUUACUUUUCUCGUAUUUUUUACUUUUCAUUCAUCGGACUUGAUACUUUGUUUCUAAUUACGAGCAUGCUGAAUCUAUCAUCGAAGUUCCGAGCAUCGAUGAUGAUCCUAACAUUGAUUCGUGUAUUAAAAUUGUGAUUACUUACAAACGUGCAGGAUAGGGUUCCAAAAUAAUACUUUCGAUGUCGUAUGUCGUACACCGUAGCGUUAAAUUUAAGAGAAAUGCAGUAAUACGUAAAUUUAUAUAUACGCGUACUUAUAUACCUAUACGUGAAUAUGAAUAUGUAUGGGACGAAGAGGAGACAGGCAAGAAAGAAGGAAAAAAUUAGUAGUCGAAUAUUUGUAGGUCACGCGCGAACAGAUUAAUCGAUGAAUAUACCGAUUCAUUCUCUUGGAUACAAUGAUAAUAACUUUGUUAAGAGCAUGUAAACUGCUGACGAAGCUUCCCACGCAAAAAAUUUGACGGGAUCGAAGUUUAAAUUUUACAUGAAACGACGAGCCGUCAAAUUAUAGAAGAAAUUUAUUAUCAAUAAAUCUCAAUGUUAAUUGUGGCAGAUUAAGUAUUACCGCGUCUUAUUUUAUAUUAUUACAUAUUUUUUUAUCGUCUGUGAGUAUUACUAUCGAUAUCGAUAAUACAUUGUAUAUCUGUAUACGUACGAAUAUUGUGUGAGCGCUUGCGCGCACAUAUACACUUACGCGAAGACGGUCACGGAGGAAGUCGGCAAUGGCGCGAUAAGAAGGAAAGGAGAUUACGAUACGCGGCCAGUGUAAAUUAAUUCGUUUUAUUCCAAGUUUUUUUCUUUCUUGAAACGACUAAGUACUCGAGUUUGCAGUACUUUUAAUAAUUUCCGAAAAUAAGGUUGAAAUAUGAGAAAUAAUUUCUAAAUGGUACUUUUCACGUUUGAUUCGGUAUAAUGUAUUCGCCUGCUUUUAACGAAAUAUUUAAAUAUAAGUAUUACGAAGUAUUUUGUCGUUCUAAAGGAGCAUCGUUCUCAAAUAUUUCGAGAUUAAACGAAAGAAAGUGACAAUUAUUUGUCGUUAACGGUUAUAAAUAAUUUAAUUUCCAUUUGUAUCGUGCGUAAUGCACGUAAACGUUUGAUCGAGAUACGUAUAUAUCGUUCACUGGCGGCCGAUCGUUGUAUUCGUUAUUACGUUAAUUUUUCUUUAUUAUAUUUAGAUUUAAGCAACAAUAGUGAUCGAUGAUAGCAAACUUAGUUAUAACGGUGGUGAUGACGAUCUUCGGUAAUUCCUGAUCAAUUAACAUUGUAGAGAUUUUGCUAAUAAAUACGUUCUUUAGUGUUGACUCGAUAACAGGCGGUAUUAAAUGAUUAUAAAAGGAAGAAAAAAAAAAAA